CCUGCCAGAGGCCGGUUUCUCAGCUCUCAGAGAUCAAGAUGGCGAAGCUGCGGAGCUUCCUGUUGUUGCUGGGUUUGGCAGCAAUGGCGGCCAGUCAUCCCCUUGAAGAAGUCUAUUCCUGGAAACAGGUCGAUUACAAUUUCCCAAAUGACUCGGUGAGGCAAAAGUACAUCGCCACUGGAGAUUUCAUUCAGGAAAAUAAUCUUCCCCUGGGACUGAACAUCUGGAAGAACAAAAUGUUCAUCACGGUUCCCAGGUGGAAGAAGGGCAUUGCUGCGAACUUGAACUACUUCCUGAUGAACGAGACGAACUCUGCUGAUGCCAAGUCACCAAAGCUGACUCCGUACCCUGAUUGGGAGACGAAUGACAUUAAUUCCUCUUCCGAUUCGAAGAUCGUCAACUUCUUUCGAGUUAGAGUAGAUGCUUGUGACAGACUUUGGGGAGUGGACACUGGAGUGGAUGAUAUAGUUGGUGAUGGUACCUCAGUAAUCCCGAGCACUCUGGUCGUGUUUGAUUUGAACACGGAUAAGAUCAUCAGGCGGUACCCAUUGAAGGAUUCGGACAAGAAGCCAGAUUCCUUCUUCGCUGAUUUGGUGGUCGAUGUUGAUAGGGACGACUGCGAUAAUGCUCAUGCCUACAUCUCAGACAUUGCUGGAUAUGGCUUAGUUGUGUAUAGUUGGGCGAAGAACGACUCUUGGAGGGUGGAACACAACUAUUUCUACUUCGACCCUCUAAAUGGCGACUUUAAUGUCAGCGGCUUCAACUUCCAGUGGACCGAUGGAGUCUUCGGACUAUCCUUGUCCGGAUCUCAGAAAGAUGGCUCGAAAACUCUCUAUUUCCACGCCAUGUCUGGAAUCACGGAGUUCCUCGUGUCAACAGACAUCCUGAAGAACGAGACGCUCGCAACCACGGAUAACUAUUAUCACUUCCGCGUGGUUGGCGACAAAGGACCCAGAAGUCAGGGUCCAUCAUCCAUAAUUGACCCGGAAACUGGGAUUAACUAUUUCACUCAGGUUCAGAAAAAUGGAAUUGCCUGCUGGGACACUAACGAGCCGCUUAAUUCGGACACAUUGCGUCUGGUUGAUAAGGAGGACGUGAAGCUUCUGUUCCCGAAUGAUUUGACCAUUGAUAGAGACACCAGGAAGUUGUACGUCCUGGCAGAUAAUUUACCAACCUAUCUGCACUCCUUGCUGGACGUGACCAAGGAGAAUUUCUUCAUCACCGCAGCCAACCUGGACAUCUUGACGGAGCUUUGCAAGGGAAAAGGCCAACACUAGAUCUGUGGACUUCGUUCAUUCAAAGAUUCUCUAUUAAGCAGCAAGGUGCACGUUCAAUGCUGCAAAUUACUCGUUAAAUUCUCCUAUACAAUUUACUUUACAUCCUAUAACUAUCGAAAGUAAUAGCUUCGUAGUGUGUUACUUUGAAAAGGACACGAGUGUUGUACAAAAUGUCAAGGAUUUCGGAAUUAAAAGUGAUGUCCUCUCCUA